AUGCAAGUGGAGAUACCCAAAGGAGCCAUUAUCUCCUCUGUGGCCUUGAUGGAACCUUCUGACAGUCUGGCAAAGUCCUGGCCUUUGGGAACAACAAUCAACCUUGGAGUCUCUGGCCUCAAACCUUCCUGGAGAGAUCUUUGCCUGGGGAAAAGCAGGAAACGGAUGCCUGGGAAUGCUUUACCACAACCCAUUUUAGGCUCCCUCCACCAUGUGCCAGACCUCUUCUGUCGUGGCUGGCACACCAUUCUCAUCAUGGAAAAGGUUCUCAACUCUAAAACUAUCUGCUCAAACAGCAGUGGACUUUUAAUUGGCAGUGGCCUGGGCCAGGCCUCUACCUCCACUGUGGAUCUGGAGAGUGAGCCAGGCUCAGACAGGGCUACAUGAAGGGCGAUUGGGGGGCACUAAGGAGGAUGACACAGACGAGCGACACAUCAAGACCUCCAUAACGUCUCUGACGAACCAGACUGGCGACAGCUCUUGCCCCAUCUGGCUGCGCCAGGUUUGUACUCAAAACAACAAGCAUAAUAAAAGCCUGAACAGAGAGGGUUAUGGCCACUGAAUGUUGGUGUCCCUCCCUGGUCAUCCUCCCUAACAGGAGCUACAGUAUGCAGAGUUCAUCCCUGCAUACCUGGCCCUCUGGCUCCUUCUUUCUCAGAGAGCGUCACACUGCUCUAUGAUGAGCUGCAGGAGGUGAAGGCUGCUGCCGCCACUGAGAAAGGCCUCUCGGUUAUGACAAACGCACCUGACUACAUCCCCAUGCUAAUGUCUCAACCUAACCAAGUGUUAUUUCUUUACACCACUCGUAUGGGCUGUGACGGGGUCAACGGGUUGGAGGAGGCAGGAGCCUGUAGAAGGGGAGGCACCAACUUGCUACAGAGCAAGCAAUGAGGUAGCAGAGGUAUGUGCAAGAUAACCCCUUACACACAUUGUUACAGCACAAGGCUAGUUGAGACAGUAUUCUGGUGCAGUUGCUUGUUUGUUCUGUGUUUCUCUGUAGUUGUUGCCAUUUUAUUUUACAGUACAUUUUACAGUAUAGGUAAGCAUUACUCACUAAAGACUAGUGGUACCCGGGUCAGCUGUUUGUUCACCUGCCCCUGCUCACAAUUGCAAAUCAUUUUUUAUAUGGCCCCACACUUGACCCUAACCCACAAAUAUAAGAAAUGCGCUGUAGGCUACAGUCAGAAGGUAUAAAGUUUUUUUUGACAGGGGGUGGAGGAUUGUUUUUUGCGUAAAUUAUGUUUCUUAUCAUUUCCGACAUUUUAGUAGGCUAUUUGUUAGACAAGUUGACUAUAAUUAGAUGCGUGCAGCUUCUCUUGUCAUUAUAUGUUGCCCUAGAAGACUAAAUAAACACUUGCUCACUAGAAUAAUGUCAUAAAUGGUAGAAGGAAUGCUUCAAUCUAGUUGACAUCAGUAAAGUUUUCUGUCAUCUCUGCUUCUUUUGCAGAGCAAACAUGUUUCUGUUAAGAUUUCAGUUUGGCUUGGAUGUGUAUUUUAUGUGGUAGAAAUACAAUCAGCUUGUAUGAUUCUGAUAAAGAUAGAUAGCACCUCUACAGAUGGUAUCUAACUGCACAUUCACAUUCCUUCAAGAUGAUGAAAUAAAUACAUCGUAUUUCUCCACUCCUGUUGUCGAGUCAAAAUGUACAUUUGGUAUGUCAAUUUGCUGCAAGAAAUAUUCAAACAGAGGUUACAGACCUACAGUCAGUUUCCAUUUAACCCGUCUGAACCGUAGGCUACAGUUCCCUUGAUGUGCCAUAGGCCUAUUCGUCUUG